AUGGAUCUACCAAAUACUGAUUGCGCCGGUGAAUCAAACGCUCAAAAAGUACCACAAAGGCGUUUGAAGCGCAAAACCCUUGCAGAAUUACCAGUACAACCGUCGAGUUCCCAUACGAAGGAGAAUAAGCAUACAGAGAGCACCACUGUCUGUUAUAAAAUAAAGGGCAUAUUGAGUGAACGGAAAUUUGGUAAAACCACGGAAUUUCUGAUUGAUUGGGAAGACAACCCAGUUACGGGGGAAAUUUACGAGCCAAGCUGGGAACCAUAUUCAAAUGUCACACCAGUCGCGAUUUAUGAAUGGGAAAAUACACAAGCAAUCCGCGCAUACAACUCCCAAUCACAAAAUACAACCUCACAGGAUAGCGAACCUAUAAGACCGCCGAAAAGAAGGAGAACUAAUAACCCUGGAGCCCCAGUCUCGUUGGAGAAAGGACAAGUUCAGAUUCCCAAUACAGCCACCGGAGGGAGUGUCGUAUCGAAGAACAAGGUCCAGGAGAUUAAGGACAGUUACGAGGACGAAGACUCAAGUUUUGGUGAUCGUCUGUCAAUUGUGAUACCCCCCAAUAAGGAUAUAAAUCCGGAAGAAUAUACUGUGGUGAGGUCGUCUCAGCUGUCCAAUUACUCGAACUCCCAAGCAAAUCUACAAUCAUCGUCUCCUUUGCAAGUUCAACAAGCUCCACCAGAUUCUCAAAUAGUUAUUCCACGUAAAAGAUCAGCACCAGCCUUUAUUUGGGAUGAGGAUAUUGUACCAGAAUCCCAAUAUUCAACUGGUUCUAAUCCAUACAAAUCUUCCUUUACGAGAAGCGCAAGUGAUUGUGAAGAAGACGUUCAAUCGGUCCAACCCGAGAUUUCGGACCGAGUCCGGAAAGGUAUUACCCGCAGUAGUCCAGAAGCCAUUAUUACACAGCAUACCGAUACCGUCCAUACCGUCGAUACCGUUACCGUCGCGACUAAGUCUAAGACUGACGAGCGGCAACAAGAAGAUUUCAGUAAUAAUAUAAAUCAAAUACCAGUAGAGACUUUUGAAAAGUCCUCAAUUCCGGAUAGUUACAUAAUUGACCACAAUUCAUCAUUAAUUGAUCUAAUUCCAGCACAGUCCGCCCCACAGGUAUCCUUGACACUGACACUGACACCGACACCGAAACCACAACAACACCUAAGAUCACAACCAUCUCAAGUAUCUACAGUCUCGGGUCUCUCUCCAGCGACAAAAACACCACUUCCUGAAUCUCAACAGAGUUUUGAUCGACCACCAGAAGAAGCAGAGAAAUCUGACUACCCUCAGAAGCAUUUACAGUUGCAAUCAUCGUUGGAGAUACCCGAUUCGUAUCUUGUGAGCGAUCCUUUCACUAAAAGGCUUACACAGUUAUUUAGUUCUCAAGGCGUAGACGUGCACAUCGAUAGCCAAUAUCGUGCUUCCUCUUUGCCUACCAAUCAGUCUCAAACUAAAACGGUACUGUCUGAUUCUCAACGCUCUCAAUCACUUCCCUCAGCUACGAGAGUUAACUCAAGUUCGGAAGAAACUUGGCAGGCUGCACAAAUUGUCACCCAAGUUCCCAGAACUCCAUCGCAAGAGCUUUACCGUGAAAAGUCCCAUUCACAGGGCUCUAAAGACCACGUGCAGAUUGAUAAUUCCCAGAUCUCAGACCCCACACAUCCGAAGCUGAGCGAUCGUCGCCAUCUCACAAGCUCUGUAUCGGAAGACCAUCGUGUUAGAAAUAACAGCGGCAUCGGCGCUGAAGUGCCUGAAAUCCAGCCAUCGGCGUCCAAACUGUCCGCAGGAGCAGCUUCCAUACAAGUAUUAGCGAGCAUUGCAGAUCUCCAUAACGCGCAGCUGCAGUCUCUAAAACCGCAAUCGUCGCAAAAUCUGGCAGAGUUAGCCUGGUCCAGCAGCAGUGAUUUACCGCCAAGACCUUCACCUCACUCUCUUGUGAAAAUGUCAACACUUGGAUCAGGCGCUUCUUAUCUUGCUGUUGAUGAGAGAAGAGCGAGAUCAACAAAGUCUAGAUCCCCAUUGACCAUUCCUCCUCGGGUAGCAACUGCACCACCAGCCCCAUCGAACAACCAUCCAUUACCUAUGCGGGACAGCAUUGCUGAUACUACAAGGCCACGCAACAUGGCACCUUCGAUACCAAGGUCUUCAGUCGAGGAGUCUGCAGAUACGAACCCCGACAUAUUGACUGUGCGCAAAUUAGGAAGAAAUGAGUUCAUUAUUCCGCUACCUAUGAUGACUCAGGUCCGUGAUGUGUAUGACACUACGAUUAAGAACAAGAAGAAUGAUAUCAUGUCUUUUGUGGGGGGUUCAAUAGCAUUAGAUUCUGAAAGCAUGGACAUGAUGCUCGAGGAACUAAAAUUGAUCUGUGAUCAUCAAGACUUAAUUGUGGAGGAAUCUUCGACGCAGAACCUAGAUGACAGUGCGCAAGCAAGGUAUGCUGUAACUAUCAGCACCAAAUUCUUGUUUAUUCAACAAUUUCUGUCUUCACUCCGAGUAACUAAGGUUCAUGUGGUAAUAUUAGCACGCGAUGCGAUUCUACCUAUCCUUGAAGCACUCUUCAGAUCACAGAAUUUUUACUACAACCGCCCCGACAUGCCAGGAAAUAUGUCUGAGAAUCUGGGGAAGUCUGAAGAGGAUAUGAUGCAGAUCACGCUACUUCCGACAUGGAUUGAUGUUCGUGAUUGCAUUGUUGCUCCUGCUUCAGUGGUUGUGGCAUUUGACUCGUCGUUUUCAGCAUCCCAAGGAGAAGAUGAGCAUUAUCAAGCCCUACCUUUCGACCCCAGAAACCCGGAUAAACGGGCACCUUUAUUGUGGCUCGUCAUUACAAACUCCGUUGAGCAUGUGGAACUAUGCAUACCUACAACGCUAGAAUCGUCAGAGCGGAAGGAUAGGUUAGUCCAGUACGUCGCUCGAACUCGAAAGGUUGUCGGUCUCUUGGAUACGAGCAUCUACCCUGACCCCGAAGUCGCCGCCAGAGGAGCUGCAGAGUAUGUUCUUGAUGAUUCGUUGGAAUCCGAAUGGUCCUUACUGCCAAUGCCAAAUAUUGAUGUUUCGUUACCCAAUCAUGGAGCGAACAACCGCUUAUCGAAUUCAUUGACACAAUCUUUGUUUUCGCCAUUGGAACCAAAUAAUCAAUCCGGCUUUAAGCGACCAUCCAAUUUUGAUGCUGUAGAUGAAGAUAUUGUGAUCAAGCGUCAAAGGAUGACACCUACCAGGCAGGGUAGAGAACCCGACUCCAACAUCAUGAACGGCACCAUUGUGGAGUACCAGAAGAAGAUAAAAUCGUUGUAUGAUCGAUGCGAAGAUAAUGAACGAAGCAUUAAUCGGAUUCAACCAAAAUUUCAACGCGCUCUCGACGAUAGAGCUCGCUUCGAACACGAGAACGCGCAAGCUGUAAAACGUCAAGCCGAAUGCGAAAAGAAAAUGGAAGUACAGGAUGAAGCAGCCGCCAAACUCCGUGAAGAGAACGCUUCAUUAAAGAAUGAGGUCGCUGUUGCCAGAAACUCUCUUGCUACCUCUGAAAUUCCGUCCAUAGCCGAAAUUCAAAAGGCCAAAGACGAUCUUCGUACCGCACAAGCCGAAAUCGAACGUCUCAAGAAAGGUCAGACCAGUGCAGAAAAACGAGCCGAUUAUGCGGCAUCUAUUUAUCAAGAAAGCUCUCAACAAGCUCAAGAAAUGCGCAAUGAACUCGCAACCCUCCACUCCGAACGUAAGGAGCUCCGACACCAAGCCUCCGCCGCCCGUAUCGAGAUCCAGAAGAUUAAUCACGAUGGAAUCAUACAACAACAAUGUGAUACGAUUGAUGAACUGAAGAGAGAACUCGCGGAAAGAGAGCGGAUGCUAGAGAGGGUUACUGGACAACUGGAUGCAUAUAUGAAUGGACGCAGAACAACACGAGGUACUAGUGUUCCCAGAAGUCCAAGAGUGAACAACAUGAGUCCGAGACCGAGAGUAUUGGGUAACAUGGCACCGGGAAGCAAUACGGCGAGUAGGGGAAAUAGUCCCACGCCUGGUCUUUUCGGAGGUGAGUUAUUUCAGGGUAAUGACACGGGCAAGAGAUUCGGUGCACAUCUGCAGUAG